AUGAUUCUCAUAUCAUCUCUGUUUUUCCUUGUAUGUACAGGAAAAGAAACAGAGAAUCGAAAUGACGUGGUCGAAUUCGACGGGAACCUAGUCAACCUGAUCAAGCAAAACGACUUCGUGCUCUCCUCCUUCUACGCUCCCUGGUGCGGCCAUUGCAAAGCCCUCAAACCGACCUGGGAAAAGCUCGGACCCAGAAUGGCCGAGUUAGGAAUUAUCAUCGGCCAAGUUGACUGCACAGAACACACAGACAUCGCUGCUCGUUACGCCGUCCGGGGUUUCCCGACCAUCAAACUUUUUCGACGAGGAAGAGCGAUCGAUUACGAAGGAAUGAGAGAUGCCGACUCAAUCGUUGCUUGGGCACAGAAGGCUUCGGGACCGGCGGUGAGAAGUUCUGCUAGAUUGAUCAACGAUCUGAUUGCAAUUAAUGGAGAUCCGAUGUUUAUUUACAACGGACCAGACACUAAAAGCUCCUUGUACACCGAAUUCGCCCUCCUUGCUGAAGAAAACCUACCCAACAUCCUUUUCGCCCGCAACAAAACCCUAAGCGACGAAGAAUCCGUCUCAGUCAUCAAAGACGAAGGUAUCUUCCACUUCAAAUUGGAAGAAGCUGGCUCAAUGGCGGACUUUGUCAGCGGCGAACGAUUUUCAUCCUUCCCAUCUCUUACUGGAAAACUAGCGAGAGAUAGUGUUGAGGGUGGCAAGUUUUUUGCUCUUUACGUCGCUCAAGAUGAAAAAGACGUGCGAACACAUUUGGUGAAAUCUAUCGCCCGAGAUCGUUCAAAACCAGCUCCCGGAUUCGCUUUCUCGCACGCUACUGGCUCCCAAUUCUUGAGAUUGGUGAACCACAUGACUUCGAGAAAAGAUGUCGGAGCUGGGGAACUUCUUGUCCUCCCUCCUGGAUCGAUCAACGGUCGCUUUUACAGAUUUGAUAUCGACGCUGAAACGACCCGGGAAGAAAUCAUCCGAUUCCUGCUAGACAUUCAAAAUGGAAAAGAAGAGCUUCUCGGCGAAAGCCCUUUUCAAGAGCCGUGA